CCAGAGUUCCUUGCGGCUGUGGAUGAGAUCCGUUGUUAUGCUGCUCAGGCGCGGCUAGUUUGAGUUGCCAUAGCAGUGAUGCAGAGGACUCUUUUUGUUAUUAGUUUCACAGCAAACCCUCUGGGCGGCUUGGAUAAUGUUCUUCCAUAGAAUUCGUUUAUCAUCUCUUUUUACUUUGUGGUUUUUAAGAAUAUCUGGAGGUUAAACCAGCUGGUCAGCGUUUGGUUAGCUAGUUAGCUACUUCACUAGAGUUUGUUGUUAGCCAACAGGAGCAUCACUCCUGACAACAAUGCUCCUGACUACGGUGUGCUGGGCUGAAAAUAUUAUAAGCAGAUGUUUCGGGUUGUUGAAGUUACAAUGACACCGCUGCAGUUUACUUCUGUGAUGUCCAACAUUACAGAAAAAGAUAACGACCAUUCCUGUUCGUUGGUUAGUCUGAUUAGAAGCAACAGUGUUUCAUAAUUGCACCAUUAGCGCUUUCAGACAGUGUGUGCCUUAAUCUGGGCUCGUGUCAAACUAUGGAGACAUCCAGUGACUCGGAUUCAUACGAGAGGACACGAGAACACAGGCCUCGGGGACGGGAGUCCCAUCGCAGAGCUGGCCGAGACAGAGGCAGAGCUGCUGGGGGUAGAGAGGAGGGACGAGCCGCUGACAUCUCCAACAAGAUCAGCACUCUAGCGAACACCUUACAGGACACCAGCAGGAACUUAACCAAGGUGGACAGAAUGUUGGGUCAGUACAGGGAGCAUGCAGAUGAUCAGGCUGAAGCCAUGGCACUGCUCAGGGAGAACCUAGAGGAGUCCAUCAGUCAGCUGCAGACACAGAGGUUGAGCAGAGCCAGUGUGGCCCACGGCUCCUCGGCUUCCACCCUUCACACCAGUGACUUGGAGUCCCGCUCAGAAUCAGAGGGCCAGCGCUUCUAUCCAACCUCUCCACUCAGAGACUACAGCAGGAGGAGGUCUCGCUCUGCCAACGUUCGCUUUAAAGAUCCCAGCCUGGCAGGGCAGGACGUAAAAGGACCGGACAUUCACUCCUUCCACCAAACCCUGCGGGAUCUGCACUGUGGUCAGCAGAGGCUCUCAGACGACCUGGACAGAGAAAUCCUCAGGAGAAACCGGUCCGAUAUCGACACCAGGCAGGCCAUGGAGAGCCUCGCGGAUCACCUGACAGCUUCCCAAAGACAGGAAUCAGUGUCGUCUCACGUGGAGAGGCGUCUGCAGGAGCUGGAGAGGGACAGAAGACCGGAGCAGCGGGCGGCAGACACUCUGCAGGAGAGUUUAGGGAGACGGCCUCAUGAUGAAGAAUCCACGACAACCAGACUGCUAAAGAGGGAGAAGUCCAAGAUGGAGCAGGAGUUAAAGCAAGCCAGGAGAUUACUGGAGCAGUCAGAGGACAGCAGGGAGGCCCUGGCUCAGCAGGUGGAGGACAUGCGCGGCGAGCUGCUGAGGAUGAGGAAUGAGAAGACGGUGCUUCAGAGGGCACAAAUGGAGACUUCUCAGCUCGGUGCUCAGCUGUGUGGCAACCACACCGAGCGAGAAGGGGAAAGAGGUCGACUGCAUGGGUCAGAUCGCUCAGGCCUGGAAAAGGAAGUGGCUGAGUUGCGGGCUCAGUUGUCCAGGGCCUCGGUGCUCGGUGAGGUCGAGGAGCUGAAGAGGAUUCUUGAAUGCAAGGAGAAGGAGAGGCUCCAUCUGAGCUUACAGGUCAAGGAACUGUCGUCAAACCUGGCAGGACGUGAGCAGCAGCAACUCCGUAUGCUGGACCAGCUGAGAGACCUACAGAGCCGUGGACAGACGGACAGGAGAGAGAUGGAGGCACUGCUUCAGGAGAGCACAAGGAGCAGAGAUGAGCUGAAGACCAGGGCACAGGAAGCUGUACGCCAGUGGAGGGCGAAGUGCAAGAGACUGCAGAAGGAGCUGGAGGAGCUUCAGAAUGAUAAAUUCUCACAGGAAGCCAGGGAGAACAAAAGCUCACAGACACAGCUGAAGGCGCUGAGCCAGCAGACUGAAGCGGCCCGCAGGGAGCUUGCUGAAAUCCUAGGCCGCUUGGCCCAGCGUGAAGAAGAGCUCCACCGCAAGGACGUGGAGUUGUCGGAGGCUCAGCAGCGUCAGUUGUCACUGCAGCAGGAAAUCCGGGAGUUAAAGGACGCCUCAGCCACCCAGGAGCAGCAGACUCGGCAUCAAGCCACCAUCCAGGCACAACUGAGAGAAGAUAAUCAGAGGUUAAGAGAACAUGUAGACGCCCAGGCCUAUCGUUGUCAGAGAGACCAGGAUUCACAGGCAGAGCUCCAGACCACCCUUAAGCAGAUGACUGCAGCGCACGCUCAGCUAUCCCAACAACUGGUCAAGGAAGAGGGCACCAGGCAGGAGCUGCAGAAGGCCAUUUCAGAACUUAAAGCCAAAGUGACAAUGCUGCAAGAGGAGCGGUCCACCCUGAAUCAGCAGCUGCAGCUUGAGAGAGGUGUGCACCAGAAGGAAGUGGAUAACUUGAAGGUCACUGCUGAAGACUGCAGGAUGAAGGAUUGCGAAAUGCAGCGCAUGCUCAGAGCCAGCCGUCAGGAGCGAGAUGAAAUACAGGCAAAACUAAUGGAAGUUAAGGCAGAUGCAGCAUCAGACAAGGAGCUGUGCGCGGCGCUGCACAUCAAGUUGGACAGGAUGAAGGAUGAGUGUGAUAAGCUGGCAGCGCAGCUGUGCACGAAGGAAGAAGCACAUUUGCUUCUGCACAGAAAAUACCAGCAGCUGAAGCAGGAACUGGAAGACAAAACCAUGUUAGGUGAGCUGAGAUGUGCAUCUGAGUCUGAACUACUGAGGCUGGAGCAGAAGGUGUUGCAGUUGGAGGCAGAGCAAGAGACUGUCCUGACUUCGAUGGGUGAAGAACUGGACACGGCCUGCCGUAGCCUGAUGAAGAACAGAGAAGACAAACUGCAGGCGAUCUCCCAAAGACCUGGAUUAGUGAGAGAUCCACACCGCUGGCUCGCCGAGACGAAGACCAAGCUCCGCUGGAUGUGUGAAGAAGUGCGGGAGCGCGACACCAGGGAACAGCGCCUGAGGAAGCAGCAUCAGCAGACCCGGGAUCAGCUGAAGGCUCUCAGGCGGAGCCGAGACUCAGAACAGGCAGCUCUCCUAGAACGCCUGGAGCAACAGGAGAAGCUGAUGUGCUCCCUCAGCACUGAAAAGAAAGAGCUGUUGGAGAGGAGUCGCAGGAAGGAAGAGGAAAUGAGAAGCCUUCAGGAUCGCGUUUUGGAUGUGGAAAUGAACACAAAAGCUGCUCUGGAACACCUGGAAUCGAUCCCAGAUAAAAACUGUCUGAUGGAGGGCUUCAAAGAUUUGGAGGCAUCACAGCAGCAGAAGGAGACUGUAGAGGAGCGCUAUGCUAAAUACAAAGGGAUCGUCCAGGAUCUGCAGCACCAGCUGGACGAGUCCAAACACAGAAUCCAGGAGUACAGAGAAGAGACGCGUGAUGCCACCUCCAGGAGUUUAAGAUUAGCUGUUCUGUCUUCCUCUAUCAAAGGUUCCAACACGUUCCUCAGCAGCAUGAUGAGGUCGGACUCGAUAUCUUCUCCCAAGCGUCUGACCAGUUCAGAUUACAAUAAAUCCAAAGAUGAUGGGACCUGACUCUUUAGUUCUACCAUUAGCUGAGCUCCAUAAUUCCCAAACAUCUCCUCCUGCCUGCUGUGGACCCAGAACACACUCAGCUGAAGCCUUAACCCAAGAAGAAGCUGCUUGAGAGCAGAAGUGGACGCUUUAAUU